UGUCAUAAUAGAAUUUCCGUUCCAAGUAGUUAAAGCAUUUUAGGUUUGGCGGCGCAAUACUCCGGCCUAUUAAUUGAUACAACUAGUUGUCAUACAAAAAGAGUAUCAUUCUACUUCUAAACGACCGAAUGCUAGCAACAUUAUCCAGAGUUCGGCUCCGGCUACUUCACAGAAGACCUUCGGGACUUACAUGUGUGUUGGCAGAGAGAGAACUCACCUUGGCGGGCAGGCGGAAUGUUCCAAGCAAACAUGUCAGCACCUCUGCGCCACUGCAGGCUAAAGCCCGAAAAAACGCACAGAAAAGGGAGCUUUCCGAAAAGACGCAGACCUACUUCUUUGUAGAUAACCGACGUGUGCGGCUGGUGGCCGGUUCAGGUGGGAAAGGAGCCUGCAGCUUUCACAGCGAGCCUCGGAAAGAGUGGGGUGGACCAGAUGGAGGAAACGGUGGUGAUGGAGGAAGCAUCUUUAUAAAGGCUGAUCGGGUUGUCAAGUCUCUGGUUCAAAUAGUUCCUGUGUACAAGGCAGAAGAUGGGCAAUCAGGGAGCAAUAAGAACUGUUAUGGUCGAAAUGGUCGCCCAUCAUUUAUUUCUGUUCCAAUUGGCACUGUGGUGAAGGAGCAGGGACGGAUUAUUGUAGAUCUUUCUGUGCAUGGCCAGGAGUAUAUGGCUGUGUUUGGAGGAGCUGGAGGAAAAGGGAACAGGUUCUUUCUGUCCAAUGAGAACCGCGCCCCUGUGACUGCAACCCACGGAAGUGAGGGCGAGGAGAGAGUUCUUCAUCUAGCGUUGCGCACUAUGGCCCAUGCUGGACUGGUUGGGUUUCCAAAUGCUGGAAAAUCCUCUUUGCUGAGAGCCAUCUCCAGAGCCAGGCCUGCUGUAGCUCCUUAUCCUUUCACAACACUCAACCCUCAUGUCGGAAUUGUCAAGUACAGAGAUUAUGAGCAAAUUGCAGUUGCUGACAUCCCAGGCAUCAUUCAAGGAGCGCAUCAAAAUCGAGGCCUGGGCCUCUCUUUUCUGCGACACAUCGAACGCUGCCGGUUCCUCCUCUUUGUGGUGGACUUGUCGUCCCCUGAGCCCUGGACCCAGCUCCAGCACCUGCGCUAUGAACUAGACCAGUAUGAUCCUGAGCUCUCUCAGCGACCUCAUGUCAUUGUCGCCAACAAAAUAGACUUACCCGAAACCCGGGAAAAGUUACAGACUUUGAAGAGCCGUGUGACUCAAAGAGUCAUUGCUGUGUCAGCGGUCACUGGACACAACACAGAGGAGCUCAUUUUCCACCUUAGAGAGCUGUAUGACGGCUAUCUCCAUGGAGACAGUAGCACGGAGGAAGGAAAGUACACAUGGUAAUAAGGAAUUGUUUAUUUUUAAUAAACAUAAAACACUU